CCGGGUCCUAGUGCCCACCCUGUGUGCUUCCCGAUCCCCCGCCUCACCGGGCAUGGCGGCGUGGGCGCUGCUGGCGCUGGCUCCGGUGGCCGCAGGGACAAUCCUCAGCUUCGCAUCCUACUAUGGUGACCACAUGGUGCUGCAGAAGGAGCCAGCGGGGGCCGUGGUGUGGGGCUAUGGGGAGCCGGGGGCUGCAGUGACCGUGGCUCUCUCCGGUGAUGGUGGCCUUGUCCUCAUGAAGAAGAUGGCACAAGUUAAAGAACCUUCUGGGACAUGGAUGACCAUCCUGGACCCUAUGGAUCAGGGUGGUCCCUACACGCUGACAGCCAGGCAGGGCUCGAAGAAUGUGACGCUGAGGGACAUCUACUUUGGGGAUGUGUGGCUUUGCAGUGGGCAGAGCAACAUGGUCAUGACAGUCCUGCAGAUCACCAAUGCCAGCCAGGAGCUCACUGCUGCCGCUCGCUAUCCCUAUGUCCGUGUCUUUGCUGCGGCUCCUUCCCACUCUGACGUGGAGCUGGAAGACCUGGCCCGCAUUGACUUGCCCUGGUCCAUCCCAACAGCUGAGAACCUGGGCCAUGGGAAUUUCACCUACUUCUCGGCCGUCUGCUGGCUGCUGGGACGUUACCUCUAUGAUGCUCUGAGGUACCCUGUGGGGCUGGUGGAGGCAGCCUGGGGGGGGACCCCCAUCGAGGCCUGGUCCUCCCCACGGGCUCUGCAGGCAUGUGGGCUCUUGGAGGACAGAAGGAGCAUCUCCCCACACCAGCAAUUCUCCGGCCCUCAAACACCUUCCGUGCUCUGGAAUGCUAUGAUCCACCCACUGCUCAACAUGACACUGCGGGGGAUCGCUUGGUACCAAGGCGAGGCCAACGCCUUCCUGCACACAGACCACUACAACUGCACCUUCCCCACACUCAUUGCCGACUGGCGCCGGGCAUUCCAUGUGGGAUCAGCAGGCCAGACAGAGCCACUCCUCCCCUUUGGCUUCGUGCAGUUGUCCACCUACCGUCGGCAGAGCCCCCAGGACAGCUUCGCCCGGCUCCGCUGGCACCAGACAGCCGAUGUGGGGGUCGUUCCCAAUGCCAGGAUACCCAGAACCUUCAUGGCCGUGGCAAUGGAUCUCUGUGAUGAGCACUCACCCUAUGGCAGCAUCCACCCUCGGGACAAGCAGAACGUGGCUCAUCGCCUGCAGCUGGGCGCUAGGGCUGUGGCGUAUGGGGAGAAAAACCUGGUUUUCCAGGGGCCAUUCCCGACCCAGGCUGUCCUGGAAGUCACCAGGGCUCUGCUGAACGUCACCUACAGCCAGCGGUUGGUCUGGCGCCGGAGGGACAUGCCAGCAUUCGAGGUGUGCUGCUCCAGCCCCGUGUCCCUGUGCAGGUGGCUGCCAGCUCCCAUGGUGGCAGUGAGGUCCCACACGGUGACACUGGCCCUGGGUGGCUGUGGGACACUGGUGCUGGCCCUGCGCUAUGCCAGGGCUGAGUGGCCCUGUGAGUACCAGUCCUGUGCCCUCUACAACACCCAGGGCCUGCCUGCACCCCCCUUCCUGCUGGAGACCCUGAGGAGCUCCAGCAGAGCCGGAGAGGUGGAACUGCUGCUCCAUCACCCAAGCUCCUUGCUGUCCUGGGGGAUUUAGGGGCUCUCCCAAAGGAUUUGGGACUCUCCCAAAGGAUUUAGGGGCUGGUGCAAGGACCUCAGGCCUCUCUGAGUGGCUCCAGGCUGCUGGCACAGUGCCUUCCCAAUUGAGGGAGGCAGCUGGCUUGAUUACAGCCUUCCUAAUUAAACAUCUCCAGCUCCUCUUUGGCCUGAAGUCAAGGCUACAGGGGAAAAAAUAGGCAAUUUAAAAGGAAAUUAACGAAGAAUUCUGUUAAGACAAGCAGCAGGAUGGGAGCUGAACCCCUCCCUGCCAUGGAGCUGGUCCUGGUCCCCCCGCCAGGGACAUAGGGUGCUGACCCCCAUGGCAGGGUGCUCACAGGGUCCAGGACGAGCCUGUGGUGGGACCACAACCAAAGGGUCAGACUGGGGCUGGGACAUGGAGCUGCAGAGGUGCCUUCCACUCCUGCUGUUAAUAAAGAGUUAACAAACCA